CUCCGUCUAAUCCCGGCUCCGCAAGUGCUCGCUUUUUCGGCAUUUCCAAUAACGAACUGUCGUGUAACACGCCAUUGUUUUGCGACCUUGCUUGCAUUUACGUCUUUGGUGUUAAACCCCUUGUCUCGCACGUUGGCCUUCAGCAAUUCAGGGAAGAUCGAAAAUAUUGACUUAAAAUCACAAUGUCGGGCCGAGGGGCGCGUGGCCGUAACGACAUACAGAAAAACAUCGAGAAGCAGGAAAAGAAGAAAGAGGCGAAAGAUGCCACGGAGAAGACCCCAAAGCCCACAACGGAAACUGGAUGGAACCUAUCAUUCCGCGGACAUGCACCAUCAAGCUCAAUUAUCCCCGGUCGUCGUGCGUCUUUGACAGCAACCAUCAGUUCACGUAGCUCGGGACAGUCUAAGGCUAGUGACAAGGGACACGCUGGUUCUAUGUCUCCGGGGCUUGAUGAGUCGGAAGAGAAGAAAUACCAGUUCAAGGGGAAAGAAACAAAGCAUCCACGAGGUCGCGGUGGUGGUGUGCCAGCUAGGACUAAAACAGGAGACUCAGCGUAUUCGGCCCACACGUCAUACUCAAAUGCUAGCUACGAAUCAGGGCCGGCAUCGGCAAAUAAUGCUCCGCCAACGCUAUCUGCCGAAGAAAAAUCUUGGGCCAGCAUGAAGCUUUGGUACGGGAACGGGCAACCAACGCAACGGUGGAAGGGUUUCGAAACCGACGCCGAAAUGUUCAUGUCUACUGGCGACUGUCUGGUAUUUUUCAGUGAAGAUAGUUCGGGUAACAGCGAACCGAGUCCGGUACUGCGUGUGCACACGGAAAAGCUGCAAGAAGCAAGAUCUUCGUUUCUCACAAAUUUGAUAAUGUAUGGCGAGAUCGAACAGGACGACUACUCCCCACCACCGAGCGUUGUCGGAUCGCCACCAACACAUUCCCUGACAAGUUCCAACCUCGGCUCCCUGGACGAAGAAUCCGUACCACCGUCAAAAGACUCUGUGAAUAACACAUUGCCAUCUCCGCAGAGGAAUAUCCCGUCACGGUCGGCACGGUCGUCUGAAAGCCAAUACGGGAGCCGUUUGUUUCGAGACUUGAAGUUCGGGGCUUUUCCGACCCGAGCGCAGAGCGAUGGUGCGUCAUCCGGGGAUUUUAAUAUACAAGAGGUCGACGUAACCCAUGAGAUUUGGUUUCCAGCUCCGUCCUACAUACAGACAUUAUAUGAGCAACGUCGCCAUCACUUGGCCAUCAGAAACUUUCUCGCGCUGCUCUACGACAAACCAAUUGUGGGCUCCGAUCUGUUCGAAAUGCUCACAGAGCUCCAAAUGGUCAUGGAUAUAAUGUAUGAGUUGAACGACCCCAACAGACGCCCAAGCACAGCGGCAAUGAUUGUAGAAUAUGUCCUGGGCAGACGACUGGACGACGUACGCGGCAGCCUUUCCAGCGCUCUUGGUCUGCUGGCAUGGAGUGAGAAAAAGGAUGUUUCCUGGGAUCACGGUUAUAUGGAAGCGUUCAUUCAUGCCGUCGGCAUGCUAACCAAAAGUUCGUUUGACCGGCACGAGUUCAAGCGUCUUUCUCCGGUAACAAGACACAACCUAGAGAAGUCAUUCAGCGGGAUGCAGAUCAAGAUCCUCGAAGCCGAGGGUAAGCUCAGUGCAUUCGUGUUUUCUGAUUUGUGGAAUCUUUCAAAUGCCGGAACCGACAAUGCGGCUUUUAAGAGCUGCGAAUCUUUGAGGGAAUACCUUUGCUGUUACUAUGCACACAUCUAUGGAAGCUGGCCUCCGAGAACAGGCAAAGAUGGGCAGUGGCUGACAAGAGAGGCUGUGGGACGACUCCAACGAGACUUUGGCGCAUUGUACGACGUUCUUGUCAACCGCGACAUCGACUGGGACAUUUGCGAGGAACGUCAUACACGAAAAUGGCAGAUGACCAGCAAGACCACUAUCACAGACGUCUUCUCACCGGACCUUUUCGGUUUGCCCAUCACAGAUAUGUUGAUUGGCUUUGACAACCAGCAUGGAUACCAGCAUAUUCCUCAUCCAUACCCGCUUUUACCUCGGCGCGUACCGUCACUCACUCCUGCAUCUCCGAAAAAGAAGCAUCUUUUUAGCAUGUCUAAAAAGGACAAAAACCUAUCCUCUCAUGACCCCUCGGAACAAAUGAAGGUCUCGCUUGCUUUUGGAGAUGCCACAAACAUCAGCAAGCUGGGCAUGGAUCUCGAACCCAAUGAUUUACGCGACCAGUUCCUCGAGUACGAAAAGACGAUCGCCACGGAACUGCGCGACGUGCCCACAGCGCACGCCCGCCUAGGCCGCUGGAUCCUCCUCUACGGCACGCUGCAAGUGCUCUCGACGCUCUCGGUCGACACCUUCGGCGUCAAGCACUUCAUCGGGGUGCACUACUUCCUCUGCCCAAGCCUCGACAACUGUCCACCAUGGCCGUCGCAAAUCCGUCUCGGCAUGGGCCCCGUCAAAGAAGCCUCCCAGCUGUCCAGCCACUGUUGGACGGCGCCGUUCGCGUGGGAGUACGCGCACCAGUCGCUGCGGCGCGGCGUCGGCGUCGGCGCCGGCGCGCACGGUUUCACGAGCUACGAGCUCGAGGAGUCGGCGGACCGCGUCAGCGAGCUGGACGGCCGCUCGCUGGACCCAAGGAGCAGAGGCCGCGACCGCAAGGUCUGUCUGCAGCAUCAGCAGCAGCAGUUGCAUGCUGAGUACGAGCAUGAGCGCCGGCGGCGCGAGCGCGCUGCUGCGCUUUCGCCGGACGCGCUGGACCGUGACCGCAAGGACGGUAAGGACGGCAAAAACGGCGAUCGCAAAGACACCAAGGAGCGCGACCGCCUGGUCCUGUUUCCGGAUUGCAGCAGAGACAGCAGGGGUCGCACGCCGCCGUCGGCGCGGCCGGAUCUUCCGCCCCGGAGCCCGUUGAGGAGGAAGGGUGAUGGUGCGGAUGGGGUACUGGUACUGGAGCCGGAGACGGAGAGGGAGGGCCGGAGGCGGCUGGUGGAGUAUUUUGCUGAGGGGGAGGAGGAUCAUGGUGGUGGUGUGGGGGUUGUGGGGAAGGUGGGUGAUGAGGGUGAGGAGUAGGGUGAGGGUAGGGUGAGGGUGGGUGAGGUGAGGUACGUACGGUACGAUACCCUGGUGUUCUUGGGGAGGCUUGCUGUAGUGCGUGAGUGGCCCAUUGGGAGUUGUUUUUGUUGUUUGUCUAGGUGGAAUUGCAAAAUUGUUGUGUGUAGGGACGUUUGUGUCUUCUGGUGUUUGGCGCCGGUACGUUG